UAUUCUAGAACAACAUCACAGAAAAUUAAAUGAAUUUGAUCUUCCAACACUUGAUCUAUCUGAAGAACAAAACACAGAAGAAUUACCAAGGUUAAUAUUAGAAGAACUAAACUACGUAAUAGAUAAUAGUGAUUUGGAAAAAAUUGCAUUAUUGAAUGAAAGUCAGAAAAUAAUAUUUGAUAAAGUGAUAGAACGUGUUGAAAAAAAUCAAGCAGGA